ACUUUGCCAUUAACUUUCAUUGAAACACAUUCGUGCUAAUAUGAGUCUGUUACAUGACGUGUACUAUAUUAUAAACCAAAUGUUUUGAAACCUGGAUGCUGAUUGGCUGUAAGCCGUGGUACAUGAGACACAUUACUUUUCUGUUUAGUAUUCUAAUUACAUUGGUAAAGUACUUAUUAUAGCAAUAAGGCACUUUAGGGGGUUGUGGUAUACGGUCAAUAUACCACAGCUAAGAACGGCCCUCAGGCUAUCUGUGCUUCUUCCUCAUCUCUGACCCCCUUCCCUUUAUUACAGAGGCGUCUAUCCUGAGCUAUGACGGCAGUAUGUACAUGAAGGUGGUGAUGCCUGCGGUGAUGCACACAGAGGCAGAGGACGUCUCCCUACGCUUUAUGUCCCAGCGUGCAUUUGGGCUCCUCAUGGCCGCUACCUCCCGGGACUCCGCCGACACGCUCCGUCUGGAGCUGGACAGCGGCCGUGUCAAACUCACGGUCAACCUAGGCAAGGGACAAGAGACUCUAUAUGCGGGCCAAAAGCUCAAUGAUAAUGACUGGCACUCUGUCAGAGUGGUCCGACGCGGUAAAAACUUCAAACUGACAGUCGAUGAAGACAUAUCUGAAGGCCAGAUGGCAGGCGACCACACCCGUCUGGAGUUCCAUAAUGUGGAGACAGGCAUUCUGACAGAGAAGCGUUUCAUCUCGUCCUCCCCCUCCUCUUUCAUUGGACAUCUGCAGGGCCUGAAGUUCAACGGUAUGUUCUACAUUGACAUGUGUAAGAAUGGAGACAUUGACUUCUGUGAGCUCAACGCCCGCUUCGGAAUGCGCUCCAUCAUUGCUGACCCGGUGACCUUCAAGUCCAAGGGCAGCUACCUGGGUCUGGCCACCCUGCAGGCCUACACCACCAUGCACCUGUUCUUCCAGUUCAAGACCACAUCGCCUGACGGAUUCAUACUGUUCAACAGUGGAGACGGGAACGACUUCAUUGCUGUGGAGCUGGUCAAAGGGUUUGUCCACUAUGUGUUUGAUCUGGGGAACGGGCCCAGUCUACUGAAGGGGAACAAUGAGAGAGCUCUGAAUGACAACCAGUGGCACAAUGUAGUCAUCACUAGGGACGCCACCAACACACACACACUGAAGGUGGAUGCCAAGUCUGUCACACAGAACAUCAACGGAGCCAAGAACCUAGACCUCAAAGGGGAUCUGUUUGUGGCAGGUCUGGGGCCCAACAUGUAUCAGAACCUUCCUAAGCUGGUUGUCUCUAGGGAGGGUUUCCAGGGCUGUCUGGCAUCUGUCGAUCUCAACGGCCGUCUGCCUGACCUCAUCAAUGAUGCCCUGUUCCGCUCCGGACAGAUCGAACGCGGCUGUGAAGUUGAUUUCACCAAAGCCGACCUGCAAGGACCCAGCACCACCUGUCAGGAGGACUCCUGUACCAACAUGGGCGUGUGUAUUCAACAGUGGGAGAACUUUACCUGCGACUGCACAAUGACCUCUUACACAGGGACACAGUGCAACGACCGUGAGUACCGUUUAACUUUAACUAUACAUAUGUAGACCGAUGCGAAGACGGUCAACUCUCAUACACACACACACACGCACACAGACAGAGACACACACACCUGCAGCUUCCCCGUGACCAGCUACACUGAUGGACGCAGUGCAACUACCGUGAGUCCUCAGGGGCACAUUGAUUAUCUGCAUGAUGCUAGCUGUUAUUCUGACUCUGUGUCACACUUGUUGUUGUGUGGUCACGGAGUCUCAGGGCUUUAGUAACUCAAGAGUUGAGUUGAGUGUGUGACUGAUGAAACUUCUGGAUCUGCCCGAGCAUUGCAUAAACGCCCCUAAAUAGCUUUCUCGAAUGUGUGUGUAGCUCUUAUCCCCGUGACGAUGGAGACUCUCCUCUUCAAUUUGCAGUGUCUUUAAUUAGACAGUGUAAUGGAGGGGCCGCUCUGCUCGGGGCACAACUCAUUUAAUAUUUAUUUCACCUUUUAUAGGCUAGUUGAGAACAAGUUCUCAUUUACAACUGCGACCUGGCCAAGAUAAAGCAAAGCAGUUUGAAUACAUUUUGGAUUAGAGAUGAUUAAUGUGAGUCUGGAAGGAGAGUUUACAGUCUAGCCAGACACCUAGGUAUUUGUAGUUGUCCACAUAUUCUGGGUCAGAACCGUCCAGAGUAGUGAUGUUGGAUGGGCGGGCAGGUGCGGCAGCGAUCGGUUGAAGAGCAUGCAAUUAGUUUUACUUGCAUUUAAGAGCAGUUGGAGGCCACGGAAGGAGAGUUGUUUGGCAUAGAAGCUCGUCUGGAGGUUAGUUAACACAGUGUCCAAAGAAGGGCCAGAGGUAUACAGAAUGGUGUUGUCUGCAUAGAGGUGGAUCAGAGAAUCACCAGCAGCAAGAGCGACAAGACUGAUGUAUACAGAGUAGAGAGUUGGCCCGAGAAUUGAACCCUGUGUCACCCCCAUAGAGACUGCCAGAGGUCCGGACAACAGGCCUUCCGAUUUGACACACUGAACUCUGUCUGAGAAGUAGUUGGUGAACCAGGCGAGGCAGUCU